AUGAGGAUUUUUCUUUUUCCUGUUCUUCUCUUCUCACUACCUGCUCUGGGGGAUGCCACGGCGAAUGUUACGUCGUCCUCAAACGCUACCUCACCUCAGGGUAACGAGACUCGGCCGGUCAGCCCAAAGCCGGUGAUGGCGGCUAACUGGCGCUUUUCGGAGUUCUCCCACCACCUGACUGCCAUGUUAUUUGUCCUGAGCAUUGCCCUGAUAAAAACCUACUAUGGACGCAUUCGCUUCGUCUCCGAACUCCUGCCCGAAUCAAUGGUGUUGAUUGUGCUCGGCGUCUGCAUUGGUUGCAUUGUACGCUUCGCCUCCCGUCUGGACAUCGAGACCACCAUGUGGAAUCUGAAUCCAGAGAUGUUUUUUGAAUUCCUUCUGCCGCCAAUCGUGCUAGAGUCCGCCUACUGUCUGUAUAACCGCACCUUUGGCGAGUAUCUGGGCAUCAUUCUGGUCUACGCAGUCUGCGGCACCAUCCUCAACUUCUUCAUCAUCGGUUUUGUCAUGUACGGAUUGGAUGUGGCGGGUGCAAUGGGCGCCAAUGUGCCCCCGAUGGACAUCAAAGUCUACCUGCUGUUUGCAUCUCUCAUCGUGGCUGUGGAUCCGGUGGCGGUGUUGGCCACAUUCCAGGAUAUCGGCGUUGAUCUGAGUCUCUACUACAUGGUUUUCGGCGAGUCGCUGUUGAAUGAUGCGGUCACUGUGGUGCUCUACAACAUUAUGAGCGCAUUUUGCAGUCAUGCGGUGGUAGAGGGUGGACAGAUUGCUGUGGGCGUUGUCUCCUUCUUUACGAUCAGUAUUGGUGGCUUGCUGAUUGGUAUUUUCUUCGGUGUUCUCACCAGCCUCAUCACACGUUUUCAAAUCAAACACGAGGUUGCUGUAACCCUGUUGCUGGGCUAUUUUGCAUACAUUAUCGCCGACAUGGUUGCCUGGUCUGGCAUCAUCUCCAUGAUCGGUUGUGGUCUGGUACAAGCUGCCUAUGCCUUCGACAACAUGAACCGAAAGGCGGUAACCACAGUACGCACUAUCACCGAGGAGGCGGCGACCAUCUGUGAGGCCAUAAUCUUUGUGCUGAUUGGCGUCCAACUGCUGAAUGUAAGUCUGGUAUGGCAAAAUGGCUUCUGUCUGUGGGGCAUCACCAUGUGCAUUGUCUCCCGACUAGUAGUGGUCAUGGGGCUCACUUUCGCGAUCAAUAUGGUACGGGUAGACAAUCGGAAGGUCUCCUUCACGGAACAA